GUUAUGGUUAUGUCCCAUUAUAUACAAUGGCAUAUAAAAUAGUAAAAUUAAGGUUUGCCUUUUUGGAUUUUUAAAAUGUUUUUCGAGCCAUGGAUUGUUUAAUUUGUGGAUACGGAAACCAUGGACAGGGAAAGGCCAACUGUAUAGAGAAGGGCUACAGUGAGUGUAAUGGACUCUUUGCUUUCUUUUUGGGGAUAUGUCUUUGGAAAUGGCGGUCCAAUAUACCUGCGAGUAUAUUAUAUCAUGCCUCUGAUUUGACAACCUCUCUAGUGAUGCGAGGAAGGAUUUGGGUUGGCUACGUAUCUGAACAUAUUUUAAAGCCUCAAAAAAGGCCAAUUAAUCAAUUAUAAAGUAGAGACUGGGAAAGUAGAUUUAAAGACUGCAACUCCCAGAAUCCCCCAGCUAGUUGGGCCUGUUGCACUGGUGGAAGAUUGCAGGAUUUUUAAGAUGAAAAAAAUGAACUUUUCCAAAUUUUAUGGGAAAGACAAGACUGAUAGGUUGUGGUUGUUGUCGGCGUUGUUGUUUACGGUAUGGCCUACUUACCUCUCUAAAAUGAGACUCAACGUUGCUGUGAGGCUCAAAGGUUUUGAUGAGCCACCAAAUAUAUUUGCAAUACCAAUUGUGAAAGUGGGUGCCUUGUGAUGGUUGAGAAACACAUCGUUGUGGAGCCAUUCUUAAACUCGUGGCUCAAGAGUAGAGAAAUUCCCCGGGCCGUCUUUGUGCUCUGUGCUGCGAGCCAUACAGCUGUGCAUGUGCUUUUCCAUCCCUCCGAAAGAGAGGGAGAGGCUGCUCCGCGAUGUGCCAGCUUGCUUCAGCGUAUGACCAAGAGGCAGGGCUUUAUCCCCAAGGAGAACAGACGAGCUUCAGUUGUCUUGGAUACACGGUGGUGUAUGUAGCAUUGUAAUCAAAUAUAGGCCAUCUGCAGUGGCGUUGGGGAAUUUAAAUCUGACCUCUGAUCUUGGUAACGGCUCCACUAGUGAGGUGGGCAGUGUGUGUCCGCACGUGGGGCAGCGCCGGAGAACAAAGGGGAAGAGACACAAAGAUCAUGCUUUGCUCUUCACCUCUUGGAUGUAACUCGCAUGGGUGCCAGCUAGGCCAACAAGGUUAAAUGGGUCCAGUAACUGGAAUGACUCCAGAUAGGAAAGCUGAAACGCCAGGGGCAGAGAAAGCCGCGGGGCUACGGCACAUCCAAAGAAUGGGAAGUUUGCCGGAGGAGGCCAUCGAUGCCGCUCGACCAAAGGCUUCGGCCGUGGACAGCGAAGUCGCCGAUGACGAACUCACAAACUUGAACUGGCUGCACGAAAGUACGAACCUCUUAACAAACUUUAGCCUCGGAAACGAGGGUCUUCCGGGGGUUAGUCCUCUGUACGACAUUGAGGGCGAUAAUGCGCCCUCUUACCCUGCUUCCUGCUACUCCAACCCCGAGAAGAAAUCUGCCACUUCUAAGCCCCCCUAUUCCUUUAGCCUCCUGAUAUACAUGGCAAUUGAGCAUUCGCCAAAUAAAAGCUUGCCGGUGAAGGAGAUUUAUAGUUGGAUCCUGGAACGCUUCCCCUACUUUGCUACAGCACCCACUGGCUGGAAGAACUCUGUUCGGCAUAAUCUUUCUCUGAACAAGUGUUUCCGGAAGGUGGAGAGGAGUCACGGAAAGGUGAAUGGCAAAGGUUCUCUAUGGUGUGUGGACCCAGAAUAUAAACCAAACCUUAUACAAGCUCUGAAGAAGCAACCGUUUCCCUCCGCAUUCGCGUUUUAUACCCCGCCGGCAUCACCACUGAGUGGUUCUUCGUCUCCUUGCUACUUAACCUCAGUUCUGAAACAGAGUCAGAGCCGAUCUGUUAAAGACUCUGAUAUUGAUGCUGCUACUGCCAUGAUGCUCUUGAAUACUUCAAUUGAAGAAGGCAUCUUAGACUGUGAGAAGCCACAGCCUCUCAAGCUCUCAAAAAAGAGGAAUUAUGGCAGCACGUUCCACAACCAUGGGGUGUCAAGCCAGAACAACAGUGAUUUGGCAGUCGCCAACGUUGACCCUAAGGCGGAUCACAACUACAGCGCCAGCAGUGUGGCGUCACAGCGCUGCGCAUCGCUCUCCAGCGUGUCUUCUUUGUCCUCCAUUGAUGAAGUCUAUGAUUUUGUCUCGGAAGGCAGCCGGACAGGCAGCGACGGCAGCGAAGGGUUCCAUAGUGAGGGGGACUCGGAAGAUGACGACGACGAAGAUGAGGAUGACAAUGACAACGAAGAUGACGACGACCCCCUGGCGGAUAGUGGUUAUACCUCACAGCCGUGCGGAGGGGUUUCGGAGAAGGGCCCUCCUCGCCAGAAAGUCCUGGAGGAGCUGUGCCAAGAGAUUGACGAGGAACUGAAAGAAGCCGCGGGGUCUCUACUUCACCUCGCUGGCAUUAGCACGUGUCUAGGGACCCUAAUAAGUACUGCAAAGACCCACAGCCACAAACGAAGGAGAACAAAUAGUGACACGGCGUGAAAAGCUGCGCCUGCCAGUAGAUAGGAAUGCAUAUUAUUAUUUUUUACAUUUUUCAGUGUGGCAAUACUCCCCUACUUUUUUGCCCUUCACAAGGGAGAUCAAAGCCAUAAAAGGACUGUUUUGUUCAAUCGUUUGUUUUGUUUGUUUUUUGCAGAUCUGUCGUUUGACAAAAAUUGUUUUUUAAACAUUUUAUUUUCUUUUUUUUCCUUUUUUCUUUUUUUGCCCCUCUCUAUUGUGAGCAUGAUGGUUUUUAGGCGGAUGGGAAGGAUGAAUUGAAAUUGUGCAGGACAGGCAGAGGAAGAGGAAAACUGAACGCCUUACAAACUUCCUUAAUAAUUUCAAUUAAGUGGAAUAGUUUAAAUUUAUCCAUAGAACGAUUGGAUUCACAAAUGUGUCAUUGUCUGCAUCAGGCCCUGCAAAGGAAUCUUGUAAAGCUCAUGGGAUGAAAUGGAAAUUGGGGGAUGCAUUAUCCUUUUGUAUGGUGGAAUACAUUGUAGCGUAUUGAAGGAUUGCACCCUAUGUCUGUCCCACACAAAGCUCACCAGAUGCUUGUAUGUCAGCCAUUGGAGCAGUGACUUUCUCCAUCAAACCCAAUUUGGAGUUGCUCUCUCACAUUUUGAUAAGUGGAUCAGGUCUAUGUGUUGCAGCGUACCCAUGGAAGCAUGUUUCACAUUCUUCUUAACUUAAAAGAUCAGGCAGUAGAGAUCAAAUAGAAUGGGACUUCAUUGAGGAUGGACAACUUGGCAGCUUUCAGGUGUUGUUGGACUAAAACUCCCACGAACCUUUGCCAUUGUCUUAAGAUGGUUGGAAGUUCAGCACCAGUUGUCCACCCUUUUUAAAUUUCUCCCUAGGAAAGAGCAAAUGAAAUGUAUGGAGGCAAUAAGUCCCAACUAAAUUAGGACUGGUGUUCGCUGUAACUCACUUAGACUUCAGUUCCAAUCUGGCAUCCAGCAAACAGGCAUCAGGUGAGCCUGGAGGUGGAGAAAUUACACAUGGAGGGAUGAAGUCAGUAGCCGCAAUUGCUCUGCUCCACCCUUCCUUAUUACAGGCUCAGCAUAGCCAGAGCCUUGUCUGUGUUGUGAUAAAAUGCAUAUGUGGUUGCAGGUUUGGGCAACAUCUUACCUUCUGGUGCAAGUAAUGACAGAGAUGAUGGUUUCUAUUCCCACCUAUUUUAUCUCCAUCAUUAUGUAAUUCUCUCAUGUAUGAGAGUGUGAAAUGUUUAGUGCUAUAACACUGCCAUCAUGGAUCAUUUAUAGACUGAUACUUGUAAUUUUAAAACGGGAUGGGUGGAAGAUAUAUAAGAUGUGAAUUUAAGGGUUUCAUGUUGGGUGGUUCAUCCCAGUACUCACUGUCCCAAAGUUUCUUGCCUAGUUGUAGCACGAAGUAAGGAGCUGGUUCUCGUUCUCUCUCUCUCUCUCUCUCUCUCUCUCUCUCUCUCUCUCUCUCUCUCUCUCUCUCUCUCUUUCUUUGUGGGAAAAAAUCGUUAGCUUUUAUUUUUACAACACAGGGAUUCAUUUGCAAAACCAAGGCCCUUCUUGCUGUUUUAAUAUCCGAAUUAAUUGAAAAAUGUUGGCUGCUAAAUCGUGAAGAGAAACCCGUAUUUCCAUUUUCAGGUAGCAUAAUAUAAUGGUGAUUGAUUUUUCUCUCUUAGGUUAAGGUGGCAGAUAUAUCUGUUCGGGAUUGUAUCUUUUCCUCAUAGGUUAUCUCUCGCAGCUGAGCAUGAUUGCCUUCCAAGUGCAUCUUUUCCUACUCAGGUGAAGAUUCACUGAUUCUGCACUGUUCUCUAUGAAACAGACAUACGCAUAUGCAGCUAAAAUGUAGAUAUGAGGCAAAGGUUUCUCACUGCCUUUUCUCAGAUAUCUAGUGUUCUCUCUGCAGGAAUCGUCUAUCUUGUAUCGGAGGUUCUUAUCAUUGAGCCCAACUUGCAUCCUGAAAUUGUACAGUCCUGAUACUAUCUGAGGCUGGAUCUACACUGCCCUAAAAUCCAGUUUCAGAAUGUGGAUUAACUGCAUUCAACUGGAUGAUAUCAAUCUACACUGCCCUGCAAUCCAGAUCAAUGAAGUUAAUCCACAUUCUGAAACUGGAUUUUAGAGCAGUGUUGAUCCAGCCUGAAAGACUUUUCAGAGGUAGCUUUUUGAAUGCACUUUCAUACCACUUGAAACAUUAGCCAUCUCACAUAGUUUGGUAUAUUAACCUAGCAACCUACACACAGACACACAAAACCUAAAAGAGACAGGAUGAAAUUCUGACUAGGAAUGGAUUUGGUGUGGUCAGAAUAGCAUCUUUCUUGCAUAUUGGUUAUUUCGGCCAUAAUACGGAGUAUGUCUACACUAUUCCGUUGUAAUUUGGUACCACUCUUAACUGCCAUGGUUCCAUCCUAUGGAAUCCUGGGACCUAUAAUUUGGUGAGAUACUUGUAUUCUUUUCUAGACAGCCCUGCCAUCUGGUUCGGGGAGUUAAUGAAGCUCUCUGAACAUGGAAUUUCAGAGCCCAAACCAUUGCCAGCAGUACCAAACUGCUAUAACUGUGCAGCAUGGAUGUGUUCAUAAUCUUCCUGCCAAGUUUUCAAUUGGUCCCAAAAUUCUGUGCCAUCCAUACCAUGACUGUAUGUCACAGUGUUAUCAUAAUGUAUCGAAAAUACACAAGGAAAUGAUAAAAGAACACCUUUUCCUAUGAGAAGUCUUGAAUGGGCCCAAUCCUCAGAUGUUCUCUCAGAGGCCUUUCAAUUUUUUGCACACGGCUUUCUCUGUGAGAUGUGUGAUCCAAAGCCACAUAUGAGUGUUGUCCAAGAAAACAGUAUUUUAUUAUCCCCCAUGCCAGAAGAUAUGACCUUAUGUGUGUUUUUGGGUUUUCUAAGAUACCUGCUAUAUUCAUUGGGUACAGUUGUGCAGGUGAGAGAGGGAAACAUCUUUGCCGGUAAGAUGAACAGCCUGCACGUCAUAGCUAAUGAUAUUGUCUAAAACAGUCCUUUCCUUGUACCUAUUGUUUGUAAUGAUUUUUGUUGUUGUGAUUGAAGGAGAGUCCUUGGGUAUUACAGGGCUGCUUUCACAUACUCACAUCUUUAAAUUGAGCAGUCUAUUAGUAAUAGAUCAAGACCAGGCUUGGCAAACUUUGGCCCUCUGGGUAUUUUGAACGUGGACUCUGGCUGUUAGGAAUUGUGGGAGUUGAAGCCCAAAACACCUGGAGGGUCAAAGUUUGCCCAGGCCUGAUCUAGACUGAGGACAAACUCCUCCAGUGCCAUUGCUAGGAGGUUUCAUAAGCAGUGUGACCCCCUAGAAGAGUCGCCUUAAGCCCCCCAUAAUUUUGGACUUUGGUUCCCAGAAGCCCAAACAACAUGCAAGCCGAUUGUGGGCUCCAGAUACCUUUGUGGCACAGGGGUCCCAGAGCCCAGGUUUUGGUAGUAUAGCAACAACAUCAACAAAGAGCUUCUUUUAGAAAGUAGUUGUGGUUUUGGAAGCUUCUUGAGGAACAAGUCCAGAUGAUCCAGAUUAUUUUCUAAGUAUUUUGUUUUCCAAAGUAGUAUUGAUGAGAAAAGAUCCACUUCUGUUUGGAUAGUUACAGGAGAUGGCAGGAAAAUGUUGCAUGCCUUUAUAGAAGAACCUGCCCCUCUCUCAAAUUGGCCUCUGGACCCACUGAAUUUGCCCAUCCCAUCCCGUUACAGUAGGUGAUCAGAGAUUUGAGUUUACUGCCUCUUCUUGGGUACUGCCUCCUUAUAUCUGGUAUAAACUCUUCCAUUAUAGCAAUUCUGUAAUGUAGACAUUUUGUAGAGCAACGGUGCCAUUGAACCCACAUGGAUCUCUUUGUGUGCCUGCUGGAUGUCGAACACAAUAUAUUGCAUAGCAUUGGCAGGGAAUCUCCUAGCAUUGGGAAGGAUCUGUGUAGCAUUUUUAGCGUUUUUGAGCAAAACGUUGGUUAAAAUGGUGGCAAACUGUAAAUGCCUCUUCUUUGUAUUCACACUGCUAGUUUCUAGACAAACAAACAAAACGUUGAUGCAUGGCUGUUUGCACGUUCACCUGUUUAUCCACAACUUACUCUGAUGUAAAGUUUCAACACAAAUGGUGCUCGUUCUGUGUCGCCUGCUUUUACUCUUCUCAGCCCCGAACCCAAUUUACUGUUUCAUGUGGCUUCCUGUUGUGUUUUAUGCUUCCCAAAUGUUUAGCUACGAGUCAGCAUAGGAAGGGUCGAUGCAACUGUCCACUCCCAAGUUAGACAAUGAUAUUGUAUGGCUUUAAUUUUAAUAUUUCUAGAUUUUAUUUUUCUACUCAACCUAAACCAUCAGUUUACAUUCUGCCAAAGUAAUAUAAAAAUCAAGCCAACUCCACAGUUGAAAAUGCUUAAAAUAGUGACCAAGAGCAUGUUUGGGUGGAUUGUCCCAUAGUUACAGUGCCAUAAAAAUAUCUCAGUAACAACUGGAACUAUUGGCAUCACCCAAUUUCUCAAGAAUGCAUAUGUUUUAUCUUUCAUUAUAUAGCCAAUUGUCCACAUUUGCUAAUGUUAAGGUAUUAAACCCCCGUGAAAGUGAAAAACCAUGAAUAAAAAUAAUGAUUUUUAACACAAGAGAACACUCUCUGAGAUUAUCUAGGUUCUCCUGUAUCACUGUAUUGGCCAACUUCUGCUGAAAGUUGACAUAGCAUUAAUUGAAGGACCUUGAGAUUCCUAAAGAGUGGUUCUCUCAAAGAAUCUCUAUGUCAGUAGUUCUCAACCUGUUGGGUCCCCAGAUGUUUUGGUUUUCAACUCCCAGAAAUCCUAACAGCUGGUAAAUGGCUGGGAUUUCUGGGAGUUGGAGGCCAAAACACCUGGGGACCCACAGAUUGAGAACUACUGCUCUAGGUUCUCCAGUGCAACUCUAAUUAUCCUCCAGUGCAAAUUAACACUGAAGGACAGAUAGAUUCCAAGAGAUAACUUUCUUUUAAAUCUGUGAAUAAUCAAAUCCACAAAAGUUGAGAUUUGGCAGUAUUGCUUUUAGCAGAAAAAUGGGCAGUUCAAUACUCAGGAAAGUUAUAUUUUUAACCUAAACUCCCAGAAUUACCUAACCAGGAUGCAGUGGGUUCUAUGAGGUAAAUUGCAAAAAAAAGUGCUAUUUCAGGAUCUCUGACUAAAGAAAAUGGAAAGCAACCAAAUAACAUAGUUGACAUCCAGUAGCUCAAUAAGACAUUUGCAUUGUUGGGUAGAAUGGGGAGUCACAGAAUAGUGAACUUGAAAAGAGACUGCAGUGAUUAAACAGAAAUGCAAAGGGAGUCACAGAAUAGUGAACUUGAAAAGAGACUGCAGUGAUUAAACAGAAAUGCAAAGGAAGAAAAGGAUAGGUCUGAACUUGUGAAUGGCUCUAGUUGCAUAUCUUUCCCAUAUCUUGGUUUUUGCCAAAAGCAUGACUUGUAGGCCCACUCCCUUAAGUGAAGAAUGAUAUAUACUGUGUGGUCUUGAGCACCUGCAGCAUGGGAAUUUUAAGGUGAAUUCACCACUUGCAAAUCCACAAACCUGUAUAGUAAGUGUGUAUGCGCAUUUUAAGUCCUGUAUGUUGUGUUGCUUAUCAGAGUUGUCCCUUCCAUUUAACACGUGUCCCAAAUAUGUGUUCAGUAACUUUUCAAUGUGAUGUGGUAAUUGUUUUUGUAGCAAUGCAGACAAACAGCCAUCUUAAAAAGCAUAACUAUUCCUCUGACACGGUAUAUCUUUUGAAAGUUGGCAAGAAUUAAACCAGAGCCUGGAGAAGUUGCUUUGGACUACAACUGCCAGAAUCCCCCAGCCAGCAUAGCUACUGCCCAUGCCGUUUUGGUAAACUGUAGUCCAAAAAAGGAUUUCUCUUAGUUCUGAAAUCAGUUCUUGUUAAAAAUCAGUCAGGUUUUUAAAAAAAGAAUUUACUUCCCCUUGUCUCAUCUGAUCAGUAUUGUUGUUUUACAUCAGACUUAAUAUACUCUGUCUGCAGUCUCUUUUUUUACAACAGAAUUUGGUGUAUGAGCAGUUUGUGUCUUCCAUUAUUAUUGGAGUGUCUAUGGUCACCUUUGUACUUGAAAAUGCGUAGUGCUUGUUAACAUCAACUGCACGUCCCUGGUUAUGUUUCUUUAUUCUUCUUUCCCCCCAACAUAUGUUCAAAGGCAGAGCAAUAAAAGUAGGAACAGAACCAUUUAAAAGUCUAAACUGAAGGGCUGUAGUUGUAGCAAGACUUGAACAAGUGCUAAAAGUUCAGGGCUUUGUGAUGCAAACAAUGUGGCGGUCCAUUUCUGGAUUGGAUCACUUUAGCUUGCAGAUCUGAAGUAAGACUUUUGCUCUAAGAAAACUCAGUAACCUCUCAGUGAAUCGCAAGUUAACCCAACAGAAAGAAGUGCAUGAACAUUUCGUGGUGUUCCUCAAGGAGAAAUGAGGCCCACAUAGCCAAAGCUCAGUUUUAAAACAUUUUUGUCCAGAGUUUUGCAUUCUGUGUAGUGUUGAAUCUUGAGGAACAGCAUGUGAGGAGGUUUCUUCCAAAUGUAUUGUUGGAAGAGCCCAAGAGAGGGAAAUAUAAUCUAAAAUAGUUCUUUUGAUUUCACCAGUUCUUAUGUCUAUUCCCACUAUGGUUUUACACGCAGUCAAGGGCUGACAUAAUUUAUAUCCAUUUGUUAGUCCCAACUCAGGCAAAUCUUAUUCAUCAAAAGGAAUUUGGUAAGUUGGUACUCAAGUAAAUUCCAUUAAAUCUUUGGGUUUGCUUUAGUUGCCACUAACCGAUUUAGGCCAUGAUAUGAAUGAGCUUUACGUGAUUUCUCAUACUUGGAGAUUCAGUAAUUUCCAUUUGAUACUCUGGUGUAGCAGGAUAGUUUUUCUUGCCUAAAUUUACAGAAUGUUAUAUGUUUUCAUAUGGCCAAAGUCCACAUAUAGAGCAGACUUACUCAACCUGGUGACUUACAAAGGGCCAUGCUAGUGGAGGAGGUCCUAGGAAAGCACCAGAUUAGGCAAGGUUGGUGCUUGUAAUGAAUCGGACCACGUCUCCCAGUCUUGGGCAAGACAGGCAAGGAAUGCUAUAGACUUCUCCAUCUUAGAGCCACCUCAUCCCUCUACCUCUAUGGUGAGGUCCUUCUAACGUCUGGUUGGUUCUGGUGCAGUUGGGAUACAUCCAAAUGAUACUGAUAUAGGUUGAGUAUCCCUUAUUCAAAAUGCUUGGGACCAGAAGUGUUUUGGAUUUUGGGAUAUACAUAAUGAGAUAUCUUCAAGAUGGGACCCAAGUCUAAACAUGAGGUCCAUUUAUGUUUCUUAUACGCAUUAUACUCAUAGCCUGGAGGUUCAUUUAUGCACAAUGUUUUCAGUGAUUUGUACAUGAAACAAUAGUUUAUGUACAUCAGAAAGCAAAGGUCACUAUCUCAGACACGCACGGAUAAGGGCUACUCAGCCUUUUCUUUAGAAAUAGAUAUUUGGCAAAUCUGCUGCUUCCUUGGUCUUUACGGUUCAUAUCCUCUUGAGGUUUUCACCUUCUGCUGGCUUCCAUAACACAAACUGUCAAGUCCAAGAGGCAGACAGUGAAUAGGUCUAGAGAGGUAUGACUUAAUGGUAGCAUUUUUGCACAUACUUUUCUAUUAACCUUUGCUAGCCAAACACCAAAUUAAGAGCACUUGUUUUCUAACCAAAUGCUUUCUGGUUGUUUGGUGGUGCUUCACUUUCUCUUAUCAGUCUGCCUUUCUUUCCAACCUGAUCUCUUUCUCUACUUUAAAAGGCCCUAGUAUAUAUAGAUGGUGCUCAAGUAAGGUGCAUUUCCAUUUUUCCUUUCAGGAUCCUUAGGUUACAACUGAAGUAACAACUUACCUUAUCAGGAACAGAUUUUUUUCUCUCUAUAUGUUCCUAAACUAAACCUGUGUGUGUCUUUAGGAAGAGUUGUGUACUGCAGUUCUCUACACCAAUCCUUCAUGGACUGCCCUUUUCAGAGUGAUAAUAAUGGUUGUAUAAUUGAAUGAUUCUUGCAUGUAGAAAACUAUAGAGUACCUGGAAGCAGGCUACCUUGGCCCCUGAUAGUGGUUUAACUAUCUAUAGAGAGUUUGUAUUUGGAUGUAGUCACAUGUCUCCCAUUGCAUUCAGUAUCAUUGUCCCAGGAUGACUGUGCCAUAUGAAGGUUUCUGAGCAUGGAGCUCUUCCCUUAACUAUUAUUUGGGUUUACUUAUUAUUGGAGGAGAGGGCGAUAGUAACUCCAUUCUACAUCCAUGUGAAACGGAUAAAGAGAUCUAGUAGUUUUUAUUGAGGCAUUACAGCAGUAAUUCCUUAGUAACUGGUGAUGCUGUUGUCUCAAUAACCAUCUAUGUAAGAUAGUAGUGUUGGAUAUGGGGCUGUUUCACAUGUCAGUCCCAUGCAAUGUGUGGGAUGAGUUGCUAUUGUCGAAAGGUGGCGACAUGAAUGGGGAAAUGAUCGUAAUUUAAAUAUGGAAAACUGCCUUUUCUGAAUUCCAGGUCCCCCUACUAGCUAGGUUAGCUGGGUGAUCCUUAACCAUUGAGGAUCCUUUGUCCACGCUUAGGAUCUUACAUAAUGGGAGUGGAGAAAAAUGGAGCCAGAUAUGCCAUUAGUAGUGGACAUUCCAUUGCAAGCCUAUAGUCUCGUUCUGCUUUUCAAAUGAUGUCGAAAGCUUGUGGGUUUCCUUUUUCCUUUCUUUCUCAAUGAGUUUAUGUCAAACCAUCAGUUUAGCAGCAGGUGGAAGGCAGCGGGAGGAAAGGUUAAAUGAAUCUGGUCAAGUCCUAAAAUUAACAUGGAGAGGUUUCCAAGAGAGGCCUGCCCAUUCUUGAUAUAACUACUGACGCCGGUGCUUUGCAAAUCUUUCUUGUUCUCCAGUGCUAAAUUAUAGCUUCUAUGAGAAUUGCAGGCAAUCCUUGUUAGAAAAAAAUAAAAACCUAACUUUGAACUUGCACAGUUUGCAGCUACUUUUCUUUGGCUGAAGCCAGUGCUUUGGUUAAAGCAAAGCACACCCUGCCAUGCUAAUAAUGGGGUAGUCAAAAUAUUUAUUGAAAAAGAAGAGUAGCCUAUUUUUAAAAUAUUGUACCUGCCAUUUAUUUGGAAAAAAAGCACAUUCUCUACAGCUUAACUGCCAGUGCCAAUAAAGGUCUGUUUUAGAAAUGUACAUUUUUUUCUCCCAGAUUUCAAGUACCUAAUUUAAAAGUAUUAUGUUGCCAUCUAAUAGUGAAACGAAACCUUUUACAAUUGCCAAUUCAUUGUAAACUUAUUAUUUAUUUAAAAUGUGGAAAUUGUAAGAAUGCUUUUGGAUCAAAGUAACUAGAGUUAUUUCUAAAGAUUCCUGUUAGGUUGUUUCUCUACCCCUGAAAUGAUAGCAUAAGGAAACUCCUUGGACUUACAUAGAAUUACUCUGCCGGUAGACAAGUACCAUUCUAACACUUUAUUCCCUAGGCCCAGUUUAGUAGUCCACCUGGUUUAAAGACAAUUUUACAGAUAUUUUAGUUUUUGUAUGCUAACUUCUAUUAAUUGAAAUGUUUAUGGAGUUUAUUUUUACCAAAGAGAUGCAAUUCAUUAUGAUAAAGUAUUUCAAAAUAAACUUUGUUUUAUAACA